AUGCGAUUUAUAGUCUACGAACAGACAGAGUUGGUCCCAGGGACUGUGACCUACGAACAAUGGGUUCAGCCGACGAUUGACAUUUAUUUUCAGGCAUACUUGUUCAACCUAACAAAUCCUAUCGAGUUUCAGGCAGGCGAAAAGCCUAUACUUCGCCAAUUAGGACCGUACACCUAUAAGGAACGCCGCUUCAAGAAAGACAUCCUUCCACAAGCUAUGCCCAGCACUCUCCAGUACAAAGAAGUAAAGGAAUAUUAUUUCAAACCAGCCAUGUCCGCCGGUUCAGAAUCUGAUGUUGUAACUACUGGCGUGAUUCAGAGUCUUGAAACGUGUUAUCCAAAGCAACGACAUGGUACCAAUGUGAUACUCGGAGUGGAAAUUUCUACUUUCAGCUCCACCACCGAGGUUCAACUGAUGACAUCCAGGACUGCGAAUUUAACCGCACGGGCGGAUCCGUCAUAUAGAGAUGGUGUGAUUGGACUAAACCCUACCGAAGAAAUGAACACCAGCUUCAGCAUUGAACCAAAUACUGGAGCCGUUUUCCAUGUCUCGAAGCAGCUGCAAAUCAAUGCAGUAGUCAGGAACGACUCGAAGUUCCCGGAGUUGGCGCAAGUUAGAAAUGUUAUCCUACCGCUGAUGUACAUGAAUGAAACAUUUCACAUCGAUGAAAAGACGGCAGUGCGAAUUCGUUCGUCUCUGAUCCGUGGUCCUUUUUGGAGCAAAGUGAUACUUGGUGUGGUAGCUGCAACAUUGAUUGUCGCCUCGAUCUUUGCAUGGAUAUAUUGGUUCUGUCGACAGAGGCAGUUAACCCUACCCGGAGUGAACUACGCCUCCUUGACUAACGAACCCGAGCAAGAGACAUCGGAAUCCGUCGUUCAAAAGUCUCCAUGACCUUUAAAGUGUCUUCAGUCACUCUACUAGUUUAUAUAAAGAAAUGUGCGCACGUGAAGACAUAUGCAUCCCCAUAGAUUGAAGAACUGAAUACCCUGCAAGACUUUGUUGUCCAAUAACGCCUCGACUUCAGUCCGCUAUUCCACCGAGAUUGGUGAUACAUAAUGCACUAAAGUAACACCUGCACAAUAAUUUGUUUGAGGACAAUGAUCAUGUGUUCGGCUAAUUUUGCCUACUCUGUUUUUUUGAAUGCCACCAACACUUGUUUUAUAUAGUCACGACCAUUCGGCAGCUCUUGUGCUCUCACAGAAUGCAAAAAAAGCAACACAAUUUCUUAUCUGUCCUUUAUUCUGAAAACUGAGCGUGUCUUAACCCAGUUGUAUCCACCUUUAAGCAUUUAUUUUGGACUUUGAACAAGAGCGUCGAAGAUCCC